AAUAAAUACAGAGUAUUGUACCAUGUAGGUUUAAAAAAUCUUUCGUUAUUGCUAAAGAUCUAAAAAUGUAAUCUUAAAAGUGAAUUAAUGUUUUAAUCACUGUAACAGCUCGCUACAGUUAAAUACAUACGUUAUUGCUACGGUAGUGGUGUUCAAUAUAUUUUCAGUCUGUAACACGAUCUGAAACGACAGCGUACAGGGGUGCAGAUAAUUAAUUUUGAAGAAUGUCUAAGGAUUUCUGUGCGACUUCAAGUGUGGCGCAAUUGCUUCAGGCGCGGCACAAGACAGCUUGCAGUUUGUGGGGUCCUCCGGCUGAGUUAGGAAAUGGAAACCCGACGGUACAGUAACUGUGGCCCACACUGCUAGACGUGACCAGUGACGAGACGUGCUGUCAGAGCUGGAGCCUUGUUUCUACCUUUUAGAUAUUUUUUACUUUCAUCUUUGAAUUUGAACAUACGCCGCCGCCGCCGCCUCACGAGAAGCAAUGUCGACUCCUCUGGAGAAGCCGCAGAUUAUUUCUCACAUACAGAAAAGUCUCAACUACACUGUGUUUGAUUGCAAAUGGAUACCCUGCAGUGCCAAGUUUGUGUGCAUGGGGAACUUCGCUAGGGGGACGGGAGUGAUGCAAAUCUAUGAAGUCCAACACGGAGAAGCUAAGCUUGUCAAAGAGAUUGAAAAGGCCAAGCCUAUUAAGUGUGGAACAUUUGGUGCGACUUCAAUACAGCAGAGGCAUCUAGCUACUGGAGAUUUUAGUGGGAACCUCAAUAUCUGGAAUCUUGAAGUGCCGGAUGUCCCGGUUUAUUCAGUGAAAGCACACAAGGAAAUUGUGAAUGCCAUUGAUGGUGUAGGAGGCCUGGGUAUUGGAGAUGGAGCCCCAGAGAUUGUGACUGGGAGCAGAGAUGGAACAGUUAAAGUGUGGGACCCAAGGCAGAAAGACACUCCAGUUGCAAAUAUGGAACCAGUUGAAGGAGAGUCAAAGAGAGAUUGCUGGACUGUAGCAUUUGGACAUGCAUUCAAUGACCAGGACCGCUGUGUGUGUGCUGGAUAUGAUAACGGCGAUAUUAAACUUUUCGAUCUGAGGAAUAUGUCACUAAGAUGGGAAACAAACAUUAAAAAUGGGGUAUGUUGUGUCGAGUUUGACAGAAAAGAUAUCAAUAUGAAUAAACUUGUUGCCACAUCACUGGAAGGAAAAUUUCAUGUGUUUGACAUGAGAACACAGCACCCCACCAAGGGCUUUGCAUCAGUUGCUGAAAAGGCCCAUAAAUCUACCAUCUGGCAAGUAGGACACUUGCCACAAAACAGAGACAUCUUCAUGACAGCAGGAGGAGCUGGGAACCUACAUCUCUGGAAAUAUGAAUAUCCAGCUCAAAGAACUAAGAAGGAUGCAGAUGAUAUUGAUAUGGGAGUGGCAGGGUCUGUCAGCCUUCUUCAGAAUGUGACAUUGUCAACACAGCCCAUUGCAAGUCUUGACUGGAGUCCUGAUAAACAGGGUCUCUGUGUAACCUCUGCAUUUGACCAGACCGUGAGAGUCCUCAUUGUUACUAAACUCAAUAGAGUAUAGAAAAAUGACAUUGAAAAUAUUAGCUGUCCUUAAGCACAUUUAAUUUUAUUACUGGAGUACAGAGUAAUUAGAAAUUAUAAUGUUGACUUAGAAAAUUAAUUCUGGAGAAGAAAAACACCCAUGUUAAACAAGAUGAAGAUGAGUUCUUUAUUCUGGUUUUGUUUUCUGUGAUUCUUAUGGUGUUACUGCCUCUUUAGAAAGGCAUAAUAUAGCAUGUUAACUACACAGUUGAAAGGUGAUUGGAAGGCAGGUGAGUACUGUCAAAUGAACUUGAUGUAUUAUGUCUGUACUAUAUUGCCUUUGCUCUAGCUGGAAAUUGUUUGUAAUAAGUUGCUUUGCUGGUGUAGCCAGCAUGGCGGAACAUACAAGGAGAACAAACACAAAUUCCACAUACAGUGUAAUAUAAGUAAGAAUUACAUAAAACACAUAUUGCAGGUUUUAGAAUUCAGUUAAUUUAUUUGUAUUCCUUUAAGUUUAAUUUGUAUUAAAAAUCUUUUUUUAAAAUAAUUUGUUUUCCAAAUUGUUUGUGUUUCUUCAUUGUUUAAAGCUUUUGCCAAGAUAUGUUUUUGUAUAGAUGUGCCCAAAUUGUUUUUUUUUAAUCUUGUUUGACACGGAACUCUUCCAACAAUUGAAGCAUUUAUCAUGACAUUGCUAUGGAGGAAAAUUAAAUGAUGUAAUUUCUGCAGU